AAUAAGUUCUCUAUGCUAUCGUGUUCAAUGUAUAUGCAACCUAGCGAGGAAAUGGGAAUUAAACACAUGAAUGCUUCCAUUCAAUAGCGGUAAGAACCUGGACAUUAGGAAGUUCCCAUUUUUGCUCCUUUUUGUAUGGGAAUGACAAAUACGUGUACGUGGCGACAUAAUCAAACACUUUUAACAAUGUCAAAAAAAAAAAAAAAAAAAAAAACACUUAAACAAUUUGAUGUUAUCAAGCAAAUGAAAGCAUGUUCAGGGAGAGAGUCAGGCGAGUGAUACUGCCCCCCAUCUCAGGAGGUAUUAAUAUCGAUAAGUUGGAGAAGGUUAUCAAAGAGGGAAAUUACUAUGGAGCUCAACAGAUGUAUAAGUCCACUAGUGCCAGAUAUGCGUCUGCCGAGAGAUACUCUGACGCUUUGAAUGUUCUUCAGUCCGGUGCUUGUUUGCAAUUAGACAAGGGCCAGAUUACCUGUGGGGCAGAGCUUUCUUUACUGUUUGCUGAAACACUUGCAAAAGCAAAAGUUCCAUAUGACGAAGACAAUCUUGAUCGUGUCAGGAAAAUCUUCAAGAAGUUUCCUCGGCUUUCUAUGCCACAACAUUUGGAGCUUGCAGAUGACGAUGACUUGCAAAAGCUCUCUGAAGCAAUUGCGGCAGCCAAAACACGAGUAGAAGGCUGUGCGUCCUUUCUGAAAGCCGCCAUCAAGUGGUCAGCAGAAUUUGGUGCGCAUAGGUAUGGAUCUCCGGAGCUGCAUGACAUGCUGGCAGAUUAUAUGUAUUCAGAGUCCCCUGAAGUGGACAUUGGUAAAGUAUCGUUUCACUUUGUGAGAGGAAUGAAUCCAAAGAAAUUUGCUUCAGCUCUUGUAAAUUUCAUGGGCAAGUGCUAUCCAGGAGAAGAUGAUUUGGCUAUCGUGCGGUCUAUUCUGAUGUACUUGUCUUUGGGAAACCUAAGAGAUGCUAACAAGCUCAUGGAUGAGGUGAAAAUGGAAGUCGAAUUGAAGAAUCUUAACUUUCCUAGCUCAGAAUUUACACAGUUUGUGAACUAUCUCCUCCUGACGUUGCAGAGGGAUGCUUUACCUUUGUUUAACAUGCUGAGACAAACCUACAAGUCGAGUAUAGAUAGAGAAUCUAUGUUUAAUGAAUUGCUAGACGAAAUUGCAGAGAAGUUUUAUGGCGUUCGACGUAGAAAUCCUCUUGAGGGGAUUGGAGAUUUCUUCAAGAUGAUGGGAGGCGAAUAGGAUUUGACACAAAUAUCUUCAAUGUGAUGAACUCCAUCUAAGUUGUGCAUUCUGCCUUGCGUUUAAAAGGGAAAACUUAACCUCAAUUGUGGAUGUUCUUCUGCUUGGCUUGGCAAACAUUAAUGGAGCAAACGUUUCUUUUUUGAAUCUAUAUUCUGUUACGGUGUUACCCAUGCAUCAUUGUGUUUUGGUUUUAGGUGAUGAAAAUAAGCACAAUUUGAGAGUGGAAAGAGUUUGAUGGCACGUUGUGGUCGAACAGGUUUAAGAUAGGGGUUCAGAAUGUUAUAUUUUAAGGCGCACUAUCUGAAAAAUAGAAUACAAAAAUGAACUUGAAAUCAGAACUCAGCUUCGUGCUU